AUCAACGGACUCACUUCAUGGAAAUAUCUUCCACACAUGUAUAGAUAAUCAAACCUAGGGCUCUAUCAUUUUCUAUAAAUAGAUGCAUGGGAGAAAAGGGGCACACAGGCCACACUCUUCAUUUUUCACACAUGCUUGAUUCAGCUCCCAUUAAUGGCUGGAAGCAUUGCAAACCGAUGGAAGGAGAUCAGUGGCAACGAUAACUGGAAAAACCUGCUUGAUCCUCUCGACAUCGACCUACGACGGAGCAUCCUUAACUACGGUGACUUGAAUAUAGCUGUUGCUGCUGCUUUCAAUGCGGAGAAGGCAUCGAAGAACUAUGGCACUAGCCGGUAUUCGAUGGCGAACUUGUUCGACAAGGUAGGCAUAGUGAAAGGAAAUCCAUUCAGAUACAAUGUGACCAAGUUCUUCUAUGCGACAUCUAAGAUCAAGCUGCCUGAACCGUUCUUUAUUAGUAACUCAAGCUGGAUAGGAUACGUUGCGGUGGCCACCGAUGAAGGGAAGGUGGCUCUUGGGAGGAGGGAUAUAGUAAUAUCUUGGCGGGGAACGCAGCUGGGUUCGGAAUGGAUAAAUGACAUCACUGUCUCAAUGGUUUCAGCUUCUGAAAUAUUGGGGAAUGCUUCUUCUGGAGGUGGAGCCAAAGACCCAAAAGUGCAUGAGGGUUUCUUAUCAAUCUAUACCUCAAAUGAUCCACAAUCCUCCUACAGUAAGACCAGUGCUAGAGAUCAGGUCCUCAGUGAGGUAAGAAGACUAGUGGAACUUUACAAGGACGAAGAAAUCAGCAUAACCGUGGUCGGCCACAGUAUGGGUGCAGCAGUUGCCACUCUCAACGCAGCCGACAUUGUCGCUAAUGGAGCCAACAAGUCCAAUGAUCUUCCUAGUAAGCCCUCCUCAGUCACUGCCAUUCUCUUCGCAAGCCCUCGAGUUGGGAACUCCGAAUUCAAGCUCGCCUUCUCUGCGAUGAAAGAUCUACGGCUGCUACGUAUCAGGAAUGCCCCCGAUCCUGUCCCUGGUGUCCCUAUUUUAGGUUUCGUUAACGUCAUCGAGCCAAUUCAAUAUGUGGAUAUCGGUGUGGAACUAUCGAUUGACACGGAAAAAUCAGACUACUUGAAACCCGAAAACAACAGUCCACAUGACUUAGAGAUUUAUUUGCAUGGGGUUGCAGGGACACAAGGGAGUAAAGGAGUAUUUGAACUUGAAGUGAAUCGUGAUGUAGUGCUUGUGAAUAGAUGGACAGAUGCGUUGAAGGAUGAGUAUCAUGUGCCCAUUUCAUGGUGGAUUGAAAAAAAUAAAAGUAUGGUGCAAUCUAAUGAUGGAACAUGGAAUUUGGACGACCGUGAGGAAGAUGGUGUUGGUGUGGACGUUUGAAUUUAAGUGGUUUAAUUAGAUGGUGUCGUUUACAAUAAAUAAAAUAAAUAUGAGAAUAAAUCGUACACGUGUUAUAUGUAUGAUGAUUUGAGACCG